AGUGCACGUGUGCUACCGACCAGCACGGAGACAGGACCAGAGAAGGCAAAUGGACUCUGAGAGGCGCUGAAGUGAUUUCGCCCAGAGUUUCUUCACGUUGGGGUCGUUGUGGUGUUGGUGUGGUUCGUGUUCAGUUCAAAGUUUUGGUUGCAGUGUAAUGGUUCCUGCUUCACGACGUGCUGUUUUACAGAGUACGCGUGUGACUUUGGUUCAAUGUGUGUGUGUGUGUUUGAAAACAGAUAUGUCGUAGGCCUAUUAGACAUUUAAAAUGUCACCGAAGUUGCCAUUCCGUGAGCUGGUACAGCGAAGUGAUUGGUGACGGCAGGCUUAGUGGACCUUACUUUGCUUUCGCACAAGUACUCGCCGCAUACACUAAAUGUGGAAGGAAAAGGAGCAAUAGACAGGUGUAGCGGAUGCCUGUGUGGCUUUUACAUUACCAAGUAUGGAUAGCUCUGUGGAUACCGUUAUGCCAUCCUUGCCUUCGUCAGAUAUUCAUGCAUACGUUCUGACAUCGACCGAUCCCAUUAUCCAUGGAUACAGAUGCCUCAGGAAAACGGCGAAUAUCUCUGCCGUUACUUGCAAGUCACCUGGAAAGCUCGGGUUAAGACACUUCCAGAAUGGGACAGACCAUGCAUACGGCUGCGUUGUCAGGCGGCGAGAACUGCAUAAGCAGAAGCGCAUUUCUCGGGACUAUAUGGUGUUCGUAGGACUUCCGCAAGUGAGCCUCAAAUUAAGAACGGAGCAAUACAAAAUGGGCACCAGACGAAGCAUGUGUCCGUCGUGUCUUAGUCAAUCAGUCUGUCGUGGUCUCCUGUAAAGCGUACUUUCACUGCAGUGGCGUGGUGUACGUAGGAGGACCAAGUGGAUCUUGACCCAACCCUCUACAUUCUUCAACUCGGCCCUCUUUACGAGCUGUUGGAAUGAAGUGCGGUGAUAGUAAAAUGGACGUGAUUGGAAAGCAACCGCAAAACGUCGCUGUUUGGAUUUUUCGACGAAUGCCAUAUAUCAAUAGUGAAACAGCAGCUGAAUGUAAUGCAAUUCAAAAUGAAGAAGAUAAAGAUGCAGGAUGUCGACUAAAUGAAGAA